AUGGGUCAGGACGACCACACAUGCUUUGCGACAGUUUUCGACGCCAACGUGGCGGUUAUCCCACUAAUAUCAAGCAUCGCACCGCUUCCGGGAGCACAUUGCAGCGUCGUUCUCAUCCUGUGCCCCGGCGAUUUGUUCAAUGCCUCGGGGCAGGAGAAAGUUCCCGAUACCGUCCGGGACUCGGACGCGGGCUCCGGCCUGCUAGCAAUGAGCGCGUUGAUCUGGGUUGUGAGGCGGUUCCAUCUCCUGACCGGCAACCUCCGUCGCAUUGCCACUAGGAUGGACAAGCCCACUGUCUCGGGGUUGAAGGCGCUGCGGAACGAGAUGGUAGCCCUCAUCAAGAAGCAAGUCCCGCUCAUAUGGUCGGGGAAAAUCGUUGUUGCUGCCAACGCCUCUGACGAAGACGGCGAGGAAGUCCAUUCUGCAUCCGUAGUAGUAGGGGUCGCCCCGAACGUCGCUGAUGCGCGUGGCAAGUUGGGAGUUGGCGUCGACGAGGCCGAUGCGGCCGCAGGAAAGGGGGUGACCGGGACUAAGGUUGUUCACGGGAAUGAUGAUGGGGUCAAGGAUCGCGAGGAGGAACGUGAGGGUGAGGGGAGCUCGGAGGAGUCGUCGGGGUCGAGGUCGGGGUCGGGGUCGGGGUCGGGGUCGGAGUCGGAGUCGGAGGAGGAGCAGAAGCAGGAGCAGGAGAUGCAGGAGCACGAGAGGCAGCACAAGGAGGAGCAGUUGGUAGUGGUGGAGGACGUGGAAAUGGCGGAGGUUUACGUUGUUGGAGGAGCGGAGGAAACGGGUGGGAGAUCGGCGGAUGUCGAGAACGACGAAGGGGAGGGGAAGGGUGCGACAGCGGAUCUCGGCAAGGUCGGCGUGGAGGCGGCUCACGGAGGUGGUGGCAUGGUCGAGGUCGGUGAAGGGGAUAACGCCGCGCUCUCGAAGCAGAGGGGCGUGGAUGUGCAUACCGAUGCCACCGCGGAGAAGGCCGGGGGGGAGCGGUCUAGGAGGAAGAAGGCGGCGAGCGAUCAUCCCGGCUCCACCACGGCUGGGCGGCAGGCGCGGCUGGACGUCGUCGAUCAGCUGAGAGCGGAGAACAGGCGAUUGCGUGCAGACAAUGCACGCCUUGAACGGCGGCUCGGUGAGCAGACGGGGCGGGUCGACAGCUUGGCGGCGGCAUUAGCUGGGCUCCUCGAGAAGGUGAAGGGUUUGACCGCCCAGGUCGCCGACACCGACCGGAAAUCGGAGGAGCGCCUCAAAGAGGCCACGUUGACCAUGGUGACCACAAUCACCGAGGGCCUCACCGACAACAUGGACAGCGCAAUUCAAUCGGCCAAGUCCUUCGCCGAGCUAGCGAGGCAGAUGCUGCUGGAUCUUGACGACCCCAAGGGACGAGCAGCGGUCACACGCGCGACCGCGGUGAAGACAUUGACCGAGCACGUGACGGCUGAGGUGGGCGAGGCGAGGAAGGGGUUGGAGGAGUCGUUCAUCAAAUACAUCGGCGCCGCGCAGACCAACAUUGCCGCCGCCUAG